GUGGUCCAAGUUUUGAUUGCGGCAGCGCUCGUUGCUAAGGCAUCAGUUGGUCGAGUAGCAUACUGACACGAAGACCACCCUGAUGAAUACAUCCUAUCAAGCUCUGGGGGGUAACACUGCGACCGGGCAAGCCCAGGGCCAUCGCAUAUGGUCUGGUUGUCUGUUCGGUCUUCUUUCUGUUUCUGGGCUGGCAUGGCUGGGGCGUGACAAGGUGGGUCUUGGCCGCAGCGUGGCGCUCAUCGCACACGAGGGCCCCGCCGCCCCGCCGUACCUCGUGGGGUGGACUCGCGAGAGGUGGGCAUUCUGUAGCACUGCUGCGGAGCCUUGCCCCAUGAAAGAGCUGGACAUGCCUCCAGACGGCUGCGCAAGCGGCAGCAGCAGCCGCCGCCUGCUGCUGACGGCAGCCGGGCUCACAUCACCCUCGGUGCGGGAAGCCUUUCGGCAUGUCCUCGAGACAGCAUCGGCGUCAUCCGCCUUCCACCACGCUGCUGCCACUAGAAGAGUGAUGCUCGUGUUAGAUGCCGCUUACGAUGCAUACGAAGCGGGGACGCAAUUGACAAGCUCUUAUGAAUAUUGCCAAAUGCGCAAAGCAGAGCUGAGUUCGCUCGGUGCUUCUGUCGUAACCUGUGUCAUAGUGGAUCCCUCUGCACGGGAGCAUCUUUGGAAACGUGGUCUUGCAGAGGGCGGAGCGAGUAAAGAGUUCGGGGAGGUUAUGCGUAGGAUCGACGACGAUUUCAUAUUUCAGGAAUUGAAUCGUGCUGUUGCGGUGUUUGUCGAAUGCGGUAGUCCUCUCAUUUUAGCACAAAGUUUUCGCAGAAAAUUGACGUUGAGUCAGCCAGCUGUUUUCGGGACAACAUUGAGAGAUAUUAUCCGUUCCAAGGUGUUAGAUGGCACCGGGGCGUUCGCAUAUGUAGGUGUGUCAUCGGGAGCCAGCUUGGCAUCAGAAGUAUUAGUUGAAUUGGGUGCCAAUGAAGUUGCAAGUCUUGGAGGUGACAAUUCAGGCUUAGGUUUGGUGCCAAACUGUUCUUUCUAUCCUCAUGCAACUUUGCAGAGCAGCGAAUUCCUCCAUCAUUUGGUCAAGGCGUACCAGACUGGAGUGAUGGCUAUUCCAGACUGCCAGCCCAUCAUAGACACAGGUUUUGAAAAUGGUCGCCUCAGCCAUAUUUGUCCAUGAAAGCAUGCAAGCGGCAAGCCGUCGGCCAUUUUUGGUAUCUCCAACGUUCUGAAGGAGCAGCGAAGGGACACCGCUCAAUUUUCAUCGCAGGUUGGCGGAACGACUCGGCAGCUAUGCAGCCAGGUUAUUUUUUUCUCCAGCGCCUCCUUUACCUAGGCCUGGCAAACAUCAGUUCCUGGACGCGAUCUCCACAGCGUUGGUGGCCUCGUUGCAACGUUCCUUCGCUCCCGCGAGCUCGUCUAGGCUGUUGAAUUUUCAUCUCGGAGGUUGCCGCUCCAAGGGCGGUGCCCAAUCCAGGGUAGUGCGCUCGAAGCGACGAGAACCACUGCACAGCUGCUGGUGCCGCCGCGCGGAGACGGCAGAUCGCAGCCGUCCUGCGCCGCCCUGGUGACGACUGGAGCGGCGGAAUUGCACCGAUGAGUCGGAAUGAUUUCAGGUGCCUCGUUCGCGUUGGGACUGCACUUUCUCAAGGAUUGUGAAGUUGAUUGUGGUUAUCCGUUGAAGAGCGAUGCGGGUGCCGCCGUUGCCAUUGAGGAACUAUCAGAGUGAUUCUGUCGGGAGUGAAUCUCGCUGAUGCUCUAAGUAAAUACAUGAGCAGGGAUGAUAAUUUCAUGCAUAUGCGUAGUGCUUGCCAACAUUUCGUUGAUGUGAUGCACGAGCUGGCACCCGCUGCGGGGUGUCAGGUGAAUCCAUAUCCAGGUUACCUCGGGUGCUGCUUUGCUGGGACUUGAGCCGAGGAUCAGUUGACUCCCAGGUGUUCGUCUACGCGAUUUGCAGCAUGCGCUACAUGAUAUGUUCAUCUUUUGGCAUGACCGGAUGAUUCGCGACAUUGAAAACCGUGUACCGUGCCUUAGGACACCCCUGCAUGUUUGCGCCCAAGUCAUAGUCGCCUUUUGCUUGCACCAGUUUUCUACGAGUAUUAGUAUUAGUUCUGUAGAGUCGUGCCUGGACUCGCGAGGGUGGAGUCCGAGCGUCGAUGCAAUGUAUACUGGAUUCGAACUUUCCCGAUACUUCGUUUGUAUUGUAUAUCACAAUCUCACGACUGGGUGAUCAGGUCUCGAAGCCUUACGCUGCCGUCCUUGAUUUGUCUUGUUGCCUUCUCUCUUCAGGGAAUUCAUCUGUUUCACGGUUGUGCGUGCGUUGCCCGACGCCACUUGGAUCGAGUUCUAUUUUCCUCCAUGGCA